AUGGACCCCGCGACCGUGCUCUCCAUGGCUGGUGCGUGCUUGACGUUAGUGACGCGUACGGUGACGGACGUGAACGACAUCGUGGGCAAGUACCGCAAAAUGGACCAGAAGCUAUCGCUGAUCGCAGCGCGGCUCGGCACCAUCAAGGCCACCAUGUCGCAGCUCGAAAGCUGGCUACGCAGCGAUGGUGAUGCUGCUAGUACCCCGGAAAUAGAGCGCGACCUGCGCGACGCGAUCUCUGCAUGCAGCGUCGUUGUCACCGAGAUCCAGCUGUAUGUCACCAACGUCCGAAAAGGCUGGCUUGGCGGUAAAUUCAGGUAUCUGUGGGAUGAGGGCCAGUUUCUACAAUUCUCAAGUGCGCUGGACAGUCAAAUCGCCGCGCUGGGACUCUUUGUCAAUGUCAUACUGCUGAACUCAAAUGCUCAGCGCCGGGUCGUCUUGGACAGUGCCGCUAGUCGUCGCGCUCUGCGAGAAGCCUGCGACCAGGCUUCUCUGUACACUAACCGGCGAAAAAGCCUUUCGGUGAAGGCUGGCAGCAGCAGCUUCGGGUCCCCGACCUCAGAAGGCUCUGCGUUCACCUUUGACGAUGAGCUGAUCGACUCAGAGACGUAUCGUGCCACCUUUCGCAGGGUCAUGACAAUGGGAACGCAGAAGGAGGGCGAUUCCGUCGCCGGAGGGAACCGUGAUGUGCGAGAAGCAUUGCCAUCGGGAACAUCAUCAUCUGGAGUCCCUUCAACCGCCAGCGCCAUAUUCGACAGCAGGAACAGCGAGACCCUGACCAUGACGACGGUCUCCACCGGUUCGACGGCCUCAACCAGCUCCACCCACUCCUACGGCAUGCCCAACGCAGAUUGGAAAAAGACGUCACGAAACCGCAGCUGGUCAAGCCGGUCGGGGAAGCAGUCACGCGCUUUAGUGAAGGACCUGUGUCUCGCCGCGGCUCAAGGAGAUACGCCAACCAUCGAAAGCCUUUGUAGCAAAGGAGCCGACGUAAAUGGGAGAUACGAGAUCGUCAGCUUCUCCCCUACCUCCAUCAAGGAAGAUCAGGGUAUUGCUGUGAAAUCCAUCUUCCGACACGCCUCUUCAUCUUCCAAGUCUGAACGAACCCCUCUCCAUCACGCGGCUGAACAUGGCCAAGCCGAUGCCAUCCGCGUACUCAUUGCCCGUGGUGCAGACCCCAACGCCAAGGCAAAAGGCGGACGGAUCCCCCUUCACGCCGCGACGGGAGCAUCUGAAACGGUGGAGACAUUGAUAGCCCUCGGGGCAAAGAUCCUCGCCACAGACGACACCGGCGCCACUCCACUCCACGCCCUCUCCUCAACCGGCCAAGCGGACGGCGUCAAAGCCCUUCUGGCCGCGCGGUGCCCCGUUGACAUGGUCGACAAAGCGCAGCGAACGCCCCUCCACCACGCAUGCCGACGCAGCGCCAACACGGCCGUCGUCUCGGCCCUCCUCUCCGCCGGCGCGUACGCCAACGCCCCCGACGCACAAGGCCUGCGCCCGCUGCACGAAGCCUGCAAGAACAACAACGCCGAGCUCAUCCCGCUGCUCGCCUCCGCCGGCGCCGACAUCGAAGCCCCAGCAAAGGACCUCUGGCGGCCCCUCCACUACGCCGCCGCGUAUCCCCCACCCUCACCCUCGACAUCCACCACCUCCUCCCCCCUCCUCUCCCUCCUCUCCCUCUCCGCCAGCGUCACCGCCUGCACCGCCACCCGCCAACACCCCCUCCACCUCGCCGUCUCCUGCACCGCCACCUCAUCCCCCCCUCACCCCCCCUCCGUCGCCGCCCUCCUCUCCGCCGGCGCCCCCGUCGACGCCACGACCGCCGCCGGCCGCCGGCCGCUGCACCUCGCCCUGCAAGCCGCGCCGACGUCCGCGACGCAAGAAGUCGUUCGGAUGCUGCUGGAGCAUGGCGCCGAUCCGGUGGCGGGGCCUGAGGGGAGUGGUGGUGGUAGCAGUGCUGUUGAGGCGCCGCUUGUGGUUGCGGCGGCGGGGGCGGUGAAGGGGGUGGGGCCGGCGGUGGUGGUGCCGCUUGUGGAGGUGGUGUUGGAGUUUGGGGGGGCGGGGAGGGAGGGGGAGGUCGCGGGGAGGGCGUUGUUGGUUGUUUGUGAGGGGAGGGUUGGGGGUGGUGGUGGUGAGGGAGGCAAGCGGGAUGGUAGGGAUGCGGGGGUGGGUGGUGGUGGUGCGUUGCUCGAUGUUGUGCGGCUGUUGGUGGGGCCGCGGGGCGGGGCGAGGCCGACGCAUGAGGUUUUCAGGGCGUUGUGGCGGAAUGGGAAGCUUGGGGGGUGGGAGAAGAGGGCGGUGCAUGCGGUGUUGAAUGAGGUGGCGCCGCCGGGGCUGAGGCGGGACGAGGCCGAGUGGUUGAUUGUGGCGCUGUGA